AUGAAGUCGUCCCCGAAUCGCCACCUAAAGAACUUAGGCGCAAAAAACACGGGGAAGGGGAAGGCAGUUGAAACCGAACCUGACACCGCAAAAAAAAGCGGUUCGAGAGCGAAGCAGAGACAACAGUGGACAAAAGUAGAGGAGGAGGCACUAGCAAUUGCGUAUGUUAAGUCCUCAACUUGCCCGAUUGUCGGGAACAAUCAAAUGGGUUCUAGUUUUUGGAAGGCGACAACGGAUAGAUUUAACGAGCUUAUGGGGCAAGGCCUGAUGCGUGAUAUCGAUUCCGUAUCGGGCAAGUGGCGGAAAAUGAACAAGACCGUCAAUGAAUUUUGCGGGUAUUAUAACACAAUUUACGCUUGUCCUCCUAGUGGGAGUAACGACGAGGACAUGCUUAACCUUGCGAUUACUAAAUGGGGUUCAAAAAAUCCGGCGCCUUUCCCGCACCUCCGAGCAUGGAACGUUUUAAAGAAAGAACCAAAAUGGAUGCCGAUUCCAAAUGAGGUCGCAACCGCCAAAUGGACUAAAACUUCCGAGUCCGGAAGUUAUAGUGCAGAAGGCUCCACCGCUCGUUGUCAAAUCGACAUAAACAACGACCUGAUAUAUGACGAGGAUGUGUUGCUCGUUCACGAGUCGGAACGUCCCACCGGAAGGGACAAAGCAAAAAAAGAGGCGGCCGGAAAGUGCAAAGGGGCCGGAUCGAGUGGAGGGAGCGGCUCGAAGGCGUCUUCGAAAAUGGACGACUUGAUAUCCGAAUUCCGUGCGUUCAAAGAGUUUGCAGCCGAAAAAUAUACUCACAAGAAAACCGUGUCGGCCGACUAUGCUCGAGCGGAGGAUUUUAGGAUUAUGCGGUUGGAUCUCGACUCGGUUCCGGAGGAUGAACGCGAGGUUUAUCGGAGGAUUAAAGAAGAGGUGGAGAAAAAAUGGACGUCGUAG